AUGUUUUUAUUCGAUUGGAUCAAUGCAUUUCUUAACUGGUUAGGGUUCCUCAAAAAUGAAGGUAGUUUAAUUAUAGUUGGUUUGGGUAAUGCUGGAAAAACAACCUUUUUAUCAAUUAUUUCACAUGAUAUACUCAAGGCUCAUAUGCCAACACUUAGACCACACCAAGAUAGUUUUACACUUAAAAAUAUCCAUUUUAAUGCAUGGGAUUUAGGAGGACAACAAAAUUUAAGAAAACUAUGGAGAGAUUAUGUUACUACCGAUUCGAAUGAUAUUGUUAUAUUUGUGGUAGAUUCGAAUGAUCGCGAUUUAUUGGGUGAAGCCAAGUCUGAGCUACACGAUGUUUUACAGUACAGUGGUAGUCGACCAGUACUCAUUAUUGGCAGUAAACAAGAUAUCAAAUCAUGUAUGACACGCGACGAAUUAAUCCAAGGAUUGGAUAUUGGCGACUAUGUCACCGGUCUAACCACCGCACCUAAAAUAGUUGAUGUCCUCGUUUGUUCAAAUGUUACUCGUCGUGGUCUACCCCAAAUCAUGAAUUGGAUUACUAAAUGUUUUGAAAUUGCCUAUAUCAAAUAA